CCUGGCUUCCAGUUUCGGGCCGGAACCGGAAGUGAAGGGGGCGGGGCCGGCGGAGGCCAGGAGACCGAAAACGCGGCCGAGCCCGGAGCCCCGGAGCUGGAGCCAGAGCCUGGACCAGAACUUGGCCGCCGCCUGCAGUUGCCAUCGCCGCUGCCGCCCGCCGCCCUUUUCCCCGCGCCACUGCCGCUUCGGCCGCCGCCGUCGCGAGCUCGGUUGCCAGUGGUCCGCGGACUUUGGGCGUCCGGGUUGAAGGUCGGUCCGGACGUCGGACCCAGCUCGGUUCCCGGACUGUCCGGGCGGCAGCGGACGCCGCCGCCGCCGCCUCGGGGUCGCCUCGGCCAGGCGUUUUGUUCCCGGAGAACCGGGAGGCGAGCGGAGCUGACAGUGCUUCUGACAGUGAUUUAAACCCGCUUUUGUUGUUGUUGGCUUUCGUUGUUCGGUUCCGUGUGUGGUGCGUGUGUGUGGCGGGUUUCCUCCGUGGUACCUUUUUAUUGUUGUGGUUUUUUUUCCCCCCUCUUUAAACCCGCGAACGUUUUGUUUUGUUUUUUUUUUUUAAUUUUUUUCCUUUUUCCCCCCCUCGGGGCUUCCGAAUAUGUUUUAUGACGGUUGAUUUUACACCAGGAGGUUUGUUUCCAAGGAAGACCUAGGGAACUGGAUAUCUAGCGAGAACUUCCUACGGCUUUCCCCGGCGCCUCGGGAAAAUGGGAGCUGCUGCAAAGUUGGCGUUUGCCGUCUUUCUUAUCUCUUGUUCUUCAGGUGCUAUACUUGGUAGAUCGGAAACUCAGGAGUGUCUUUUUUUUAAUGCUAAUUGGGAAAGAGACAGAACCAAUCAAACUGGUGUUGAACCUUGUUAUGGUGACAAAGAUAAAAGGAGACAUUGUUUUGCUACGUGGAAGAAUAUUUCUGGUUCCAUUGAAAUAGUGAAACAAGGCUGUUGGCUAGAUGAUAUCAACUGUUACGACAGGACUGAUUGUAUAGAGAAAAAAGACAGCCCUGAAGUAUAUUUUUGUUGCUGUGAAGGCAAUAUGUGUAAUGAAAAGUUUUCUUAUUUUCCGGAGAUGGAGAUCACACAGCCCACUUCAAAUCCCGUUACUCCUAAGCCACCCUAUUACAACAUCCUACUCUAUUCUCUGGUGCCACUUAUGUUAAUUGCGGGAAUUGUCAUUUGUGCGUUUUGGGUGUAUAGGCAUCACAAGAUGGCCUACCCUCCUGUGCUUGUUCCAACUCAAGACCCAGGACCACCUCCGCCUUCUCCAUUAUUAGGUUUGAAGCCACUGCAGUUAUUAGAAGUGAAAGCAAGGGGAAGGUUUGGUUGUGUCUGGAAAGCACAGUUACUCAAUGAAUACGUGGCUGUCAAAAUCUUUCCAAUACAGGACAAACAGUCAUGGCAAAAUGAAUAUGAAGUCUACAGUUUGCCUGGAAUGAAGCAUGAGAACAUAUUACAGUUCAUUGGUGCAGAAAAACGAGGUACCAGUGUUGAUGUGGACCUUUGGCUAAUCACAGCAUUUCAUGAGAAGGGUUCACUGUCAGACUUUCUUAAGGCUAAUGUGGUUUCUUGGAAUGAACUAUGUCAUAUUGCAGAAACUAUGGCUAGAGGAUUGGCAUAUUUACACGAGGAUAUUCCAGGCUUGAAAGAUGGUCACAAACCUGCAAUCUCUCACAGGGACAUUAAAAGUAAAAAUGUGCUGUUGAAAAACAAUCUGACAGCUUGCAUUGCUGACUUUGGGUUGGCAUUAAAGUUUGAGGCUGGAAAAUCUGCAGGUGAUACCCACGGACAGGUUGGUACCCGGAGAUAUAUGGCUCCAGAGGUAUUAGAGGGUGCUAUAAACUUCCAAAGGGAUGCAUUUUUGAGGAUAGAUAUGUACGCCAUGGGAUUAGUUCUGUGGGAACUGGCUUCUCGCUGUACUGCUGCAGAUGGACCUGUAGAUGAGUACAUGUUGCCAUUUGAGGAGGAAAUUGGCCAGCAUCCAUCACUUGAAGACAUGCAGGAAGUUGUUGUGCAUAAAAAAAAGAGGCCUGUUUUAAGAGAUUAUUGGCAGAAACAUGCUGGAAUGGCAAUGCUUUGUGAAACAAUAGAAGAAUGUUGGGAUCACGAUGCAGAAGCCAGGUUAUCAGCUGGAUGUGUAGGUGAAAGAAUUACCCAGAUGCAAAGACUAACAAAUAUCAUUACCACAGAGGACAUUGUAACAGUAGUCACAAUGGUGACAAACGUUGACUUUCCUCCCAAAGAAUCUAGUCUAUGAUGGUUGCACCAUCCAUACACACUGACAAGUGGGACUGUGAACUGGAGCUGCUAAGCUAACAAAACUGCUUACAGUUUAUUUUCUGUGUGAAACAAGUAGGAUGCCUCCUGGAAACUUAAGCCAAGCAGCCCUUUGUUGAAAAAGGCUCUGGGAGACUCACUGCAUUGCUUGCAGCACAGAUGUGAAGGACAUGAGAUUAAAAGUUGUAAACUCUAUAAAGAAACUUUUGAAAAAAAUGUACAUGAAGAAUGUGCCCUCUCCAAAUCAAGGAUCUUUUGGACCUGGCUAAUCAAGUGUUUGAAAACUGACAUCAGAUUUCUUGUCUGUCAGAAGAAGACACUAAUUCCUUAAAUGAACUACUGCUAUUUUUUUUAAAUCAAGAACUUUUCAUUUCAGAUUUUAAAAAAGGGUAACUUGUUUUUAUUGCAUUUGCUGUUGUUGUUUCUAUAAAUGACUAUUGUAAUGCCAAUAUGACACAGCUUGUGAAUGUUUAGUGUGCUGCUGUUCUGUGUACAUAAACAAAGUCAUCAAAGUGGGGUACAUAAAGAGGCUUCCAAGCAUUACUUUUAACCUCCCUUUCAACAAGGUAUACCUCAGUUCCACGGUUGCUAAAUUAUAAAAUUGAAAACACUAACAAAAUUUGAAUAAAUUGAUCCAUGUUUUAUAACAAGCUAUUACAAAUUCACUGUGUUAUUUAAGAAAAAAAAAGGUAAGCUAUGCUUUGUGCCAAUAGUAAGUGGCCAUUUGUAAAGCAGUGUUUUAGCUUUUCUUGUGCUGGCUUUAGGAGAAAAAAAGUGCUGUAUUUUGAAAUGGAAAAACAAAAAGGUGAAAUUUCCUCUUUCUUCCCAUAUGUUAAAGCUUCAUCUUAUAUUCAGUUCAAGGUCCCAAAAUAUUGCAUACUUACCUAAGUGGUUUAAAAAAAAUUUUUUUUUAAAGGUGUGCUGUGUUUGGGGAAUAUUUGAAAAUUUAAAGCAUGUUUAAAAGUUUUUUUAAAGUGAGCUGUGACACUGGAAAGCUCUUCAUUUUACCUUUUAAGAUACUUUUUUCCCCCUAUUUAUAUAUGUGAAAUUGUACUGUUUUUAUUUUCAUUAAACAGUGUGUGGGACAUUAUCACUGUUUUAGGAACACCUCAGGAAGUGUCAUUACCCAGAAUCUCUCAUUCUGCUUUGAGAUUUGUAACUUUAUCAUUAUACUUCUGCUUGGUGCCAUCUUGUCGGAGUAAUAUUUGAUGUCUGUGAUACGUAAGGAAUUAUGAUAAAGAUAUUAACCUUUAAGCACAGAUUUCAGAUGUUACUGCUUUAAAAUAAAUCAGGGAUAACAAGUUGAACUUAUGACUUAAAAUAUGCAAUGACAUUUAGAGGUAAUCGGUGUUGAUAUAGGUAACAUAGCCUAGCAUUCUCCCCAAAAUUACUUUCACAACUAAUUCUGACAUUAAGUUAGGAUAGUUCAUGCCUUAUCCUUGCUAAGAAAUGGAAUUGAUGGUAGGCAGGUGCCAAAACAGAUUUUUAAAACUAUUAUGAUUGGGUUCUUCCUCAAAUUUACACAGGUCCUAGAAAAAAACAUUAAUUUCCUCAAUAUCUGGAAUAAUCAACAAGUCAGUAUUAUGCUAUGUACUUUUUUGUCAUAUCAAUAUAAAAUUCAUACAUUAAUUUUCAUAAAUUUUUUACAUGUCACUAUUAUGAGCUCACUGUGAAUGUGUUGUCUUCAAAUGGUUAAAAACCAGUACACUACCAUUUUACAUAUUACAUGCACUUAAAUCUCUGGGAAGAAAAAUGACAUUAUUUAUAAACAACAUGUAAGUCAGCAGACUCUAAGCAGGGAGGGAAAGGAGAAUAUAUUUAUCUGUGUGCCACACACUAUUCAAAAGCAUUUGUUCUUCGUGUAUGUACCCAAGGUCUCAUUAUAUUAAGAUUUUCCAUUACAAUGUUUACUACUUUUAGUUCAGAAAGUACUUGGCCUCUCAAUUUCUUGAUAAGGGUUUGCUUCCAUUUAGAAACUAAUCGAGGGAAAAAAAUAUAAUGUGCAUAUAAAGAAAUUAGUAACAGUAUAAAGAUAAAUUUCUGUCCAUUGUAAAACCCUUUUUUAAAAAGAUAAGGAAUAUCAUAAUGAAUGUUUGGCUUAGAGUACUACAGAUAAAUUUUAUUAAAUCAGUUAUUUACAAUAUACAAUGUUUUGUCUUCGUGAUAGAGGAAGUUUUUAGAAAUCUUGGGUAUUGUACUUAAUUCUAAUUUUAAAACUUGUAUCUUUUUGAGAACUGCAUUAGUGGAAAAACUUUUAUAAUCAGUAAAAUAAGAAUGUUCCAGUGACUACUUGUCCUUAUACUUAGUCUUGUUAAAACUUUAUUUUGCAGGGCAUUUUAGUGUUUGGUUUACAGUCAGUGCAGAGUGGGCAAGAUAACAAAAAAUUUAUGCUAAGGAUACUGGAAAAAAGAAAAUGAGAAAAAAAAAACCCCGGUUAUUUCUUUGGGGACAAAAUGAAACACCCCAAUAACUUUUCCUCGUGUAUGGUGCUCCUCAUGACUUGUCUUAUACUUUGCCUUUCUGAUACUGCUGCUCUAACUCAUAGUUUUUACUUUGCCCAAUCUCCCGUGUAAGAAAUAUUUUAAGGUCAGCUGCCAUAGGAUUGAUGGUUAACCAGUGUUUGGCUUUAUUUGAAGUCUAUGCCCUGAACAGAUCUUGUAUGUAUUAUAUGCUAGGAAGUUUUUAGCAUGUGAUCUGUGAUUCUUGUUUGAAUGUUUAUUACAGGUACCUUGUGAAUUCCAGAACAGAGACUGUGCCUCACAAUGAUUGGUCCCAUGAAUUUCCACUCUUUCAUGGUGGUUUUGAAAAUAUAAUCAGGAAAAAAAAAAUCCAUCACCUUGGGAAUUUAAAGAUGGACUCAUAUGCCAUGCAAAAAAAAAGAAAAAGAAAAAAAAAUCUCUCUCACCCCUAAGUAACAUCCCCAUUAAGUAAAAUGUUGGGGAAAAAAAACCACUGGCCAAAUGGUAAUUUAGUGGAAAAGGUGAUUUUUCUUUUAAAGCUUUUUAUCAUAGGUCUUCUUUACUUUAAAAGAAGUACAUUUUUGGAGCAUUUGGUAUAAUGUGCACAAAAUCAUUUAAAAUUUAUGGGCAAAAUGAUACAAGUAGCAUCUUGAUUGACCAUUAUUUACCUCAGAUAUUCAACCAGCAGUGCGUUUUUUAUGCAGUCUCAACCCAUAUCCUAUUUGUUACCUCUCAAAAUUUAGGCAAGCAAUUAUUUUAGCUUUACUCUGUAUUUCUUGUCAGUGUUUGGGCACAGAUUGUUGUACUACUGUCAAAUUGUACUUGCUAUUUUUUUCCUGCAAGUAUUUAACAGAAAGCUUAAAAAAUUAAAAAAAAAAAUUUUUUUCCCCAAACCCCACCUUGGAAAAGUGAUUGUUAAAUAUUGUACAAAUAAAAUGUAUGCUAUCCCCAUUCUAUCCCCAAGUUAAAUAAAAAACAAUGAAAGAUA